CUGCUCACCUGCCCUCUGGUCCCCCGUGGGACCCUUCCCACUGCCACCCUCUUCAGGACUGCUCCGCUUCUGCCCCACGGUUUCCAGAACAUGUGAGGAGCAAGGAGCUUUGGUGUCCGAAGCUGACGGGCUCGGGACGUUGGCUGAUCGCUGAACACAGAGGAUUGUGAACCUGCUUUGUACAAAUCGGCUGCUUAUUUGAGAAAUUGUGGCUUCUGAGUCAUUGGCAGUGGCUCUGCCCCUGCCCCUCCUGAAGUGGUUGCUGACAUUGACAUAAACGGGACUGUGGAACGUGAGCAUGUUCUCACUGGCCUUGGAGCUGCAUGCAGAGGGAGAGCAGGCUCUGAUGAUCAUGGCCCUUCUUCCCAAAUGAGGUUAUGCACAGUCACCAAGAGCUUUAGCAACCCACUCCUAAAUCCUGAGCAGAUAAUCUGCUCACUCCCAAGCCCUUCUGAACAACCCUUUAGGGGUCUGAUUUGACUAUCAGCCUCAAAAUGUUCAGAUCUGUUGUGGUAGAGUUUUACCUUUGUCACAUGGUAAAUACAGGAUCUACCUUACUUCUGUAGACAGAACACUCAAGGUCCUUCUAUUUGAAAAUGUUAAAUAUAUGCCCCAAGCGUUUGUCAAUGUGGUAACUGGUUUCAGUAAAUUGAUGGUCUCAUGGCCACAGUUAGGGAUGAACUGCAUCUGGGUUUGCCCCUGUGCUUUUGGAAUAGGCUUCACUUUAUUACAAAGUCCAUCUCUGGAAUAAACUGUUACAGUUUUAA